CCGGGCACAGAUCUAGACUUUACUAGCCUGGGCACAGAGCUAGACUUUACUAGCCUGGGCACAGAGCUGGACUUUACUAGCCUGGGCCCUGAGCUGGACUUUACUAGCCUGGGCCCAGAGCUGGACUUUACUAGCCUGGGCCCAGAGCUGGACUUUACUAGCCUGGGCCCAGAGCUGGACUUUACUAGCCUGGGCCCAGAGCUGGACUUUACUAGCCUGGGCCCAGAGCUGGACUUUACUAGCCUGGGCCCAGAGCUGGACUUUACUAGCCUGGGCCCAGAGCUGGACUUUACUAGCCUGGGCCCAGAGCUGGACUUUACUAGCCUGGGCCCAGAGCUGGACUUUACUAGCCUGGGCCCAGAGCUGGACUUUACUAGCCUGGGCCCAGAGCUGGACUUUACUAGCCUGGGCCCAGAGCUGGACUUUACUAGCCUGGGCCCAGAGCUGGACUUUACUAGCCUGGGCCCAGAGCUGGACUUUACUAGCCUGGGCCCAGAGCUGGACUUUACUAGCCUGGGCCCAGAGCUGGACUUUACUAGCCUGGGCCCAGAGCUGGACUUUACUAGCCUGGGCCCAGAGCUGGACUUUACUAGCCUGGGCCCAGAGCUGGACUUUACUAGCCUGGGCCCAGAGCUGGACUUUACUAGCCUGGGCCCAGAGCUGGACUUUACUAGCCUGGGCCCAGAGCUGGACUUUACCCAGCCUGGCCUGGGCCCAGAGCUGGACUUUACUAGCCUGGGCCCAGAGCUGGACUUUACUAGCCUGGGCCCAGAGCUGGACUUUACUAGCCUGGGCCCAGAGCUGGACUUUACUAGCCUGGGCCCAGAGCUGGACUUUACUAGCCUGGGCCCAGAGCUGGACUUUACUAGCCUGGGCCCAGAGCUGGACUUUACUAGCCUGGGCCCAGAGCUGGACUUUACUAGCCUGGGCCCAGAGCUGGACUUUACUAGCCUGGGCCCAGAGCUGGACUUUACUAGCCUGGGCCCAGAGCUGGACUUUACUAGCCUGGGCCCAGAGCUGGACUUUACUAGCCUGGGCCCAGAGCUGGACUUUACUAGCCUGGGCCCAGAGCUGGACUUUACUAGCCUGGGCCCAGAGCUGGACUUUACUAGCCUGGGCCCAGAGCUGGACUUUACUAGCCUGGGCCCAGAGCUGGACUUUACUAGCCUGGGCCCAGAGCUGGACUUUACUAGCCUGGGCCCAGAGCUGGACUUUACUAGCCUGGGCCCAGAGCUGGACUUUACUAGCCUGGGCCCAGAGCUGGACUUUACUAGCCUGGGCCCAGAGCUGGACUUUACUAGCCUGGGCCCAGAGCUGGACUUUACUAGCCUGGGCCCAGAGCUGGACUUUACUAGCCUGGGCCCAGAGCUGGACUUUACUAGCCUGGGCCCAGAGCUGGACUUUACUAGCCUGGGCCCAGAGCUGGACUUUACUAGCCUGGGCCCAGAGCUGGACUUUACUAGCCUGGGCCCAGAGCGAGACUUUACUAGCCUGGGCCCAGAGCGAGACUUUACUAGCCUGGGCACAGAGCUAGACUUUACUAGCCUGGGCCCUGAUCGAGACUUUACUAGCCUGGGCACAGAGCGAGACUUUACUAGCCAGGGCACAGAGCGAGACUUUACUAGCCAGGGCCCAGAGCGAGACUUUACUAGCCUGGGCACAGAGCUAGACUUUACUAGCCUGGGCACAGAUCUAGACUUUACUAGCCUGGGCCCUGAGCUAUACUUUACUAGCCUGGGCACAGAUCUAGACUUUACUAGCCUGCUCAUCUUCUGUCCAGGCAAUGUUGUUCUGGAAAACUUGAAAGUUAAAGAAAAUGCUUUGAGUGAGCUGGAUGUUCCAUUUAAAGUGAAAGCUGGUCAGAUUGGAAAACUGACAUUGAAGAUCCCUUGGAAGAACUUGUACAAUGAUGCUGUAGUUGCAACGUUAGAUGGUCUCUAUCUGCUGGUGGUUCCUGGAGCAACUGUGUCUCAGUUACGUACAUGUCCAUACAAUGCGAUAAAGUAUGACGCCGCGAAGGAGGAGCGUUACCAGCAGGAGGCCAAGCAGAAGGAGCUGCAGCGCAUUGAGGAGGCGCUACUGAUUGCUGCUCGCAGAGACUCUCAGACUGGAGAGCUGCUGUUUAAUCUGGAAAGUGUUGUGUAUAAGGAGCCUCAGCAUGAAAAGCCUCAGAAAGAUGAGAAGAAGGACACGUUUGCUGAGAAGCUGGCCACGCAAGUCAUCAAGAACCUGCAAGUCAAGAUCACCAGCAUCCAUAUCCGAUAUGAGGACGAUAUAUUAGACCCCCAGCAGCCCCUCUCUAUGGGAGUCACCCUGGCUGAGCUGAGUCUACAGACGACCGAUGAGAACUGGAAGUCGUGUAUUCUGAACGAGGCAGCCAGGAUCAUCUACAAGCUGGGCCGUUUGGAAUGUCUGUGCGCCUACUGGAACGUCAACAGUCCCAUCUUCUAUAAAGGCUCCCGGGAAGAAAUACUGGAAAAGCUGAAGGACGGCAUCAGUACCAAGGACCAAGAGAUCAAAGACUACCAAUAUAUUUUCAAACCCAUCUUUGCCUCUGCUAAAAUGGUAAUCAACCCGAGUGCUGAGAUUGAGCUGAAGUCUCCCAAAGCCAGCCUGCAUCUGGAGGUUCAGAAUGUAGCAGUAGAGAUGACCAGACCACAGUACCUAACCAUGGUGGACCUGCUAGAGUCUAUAGACUGUAUGGUGAAGAAUGGACCCUACAGGAAGUUCAGACCUGAUGUACCUGUACACACAAAUGCCAAGCACUGGUGGAAGUACAGUAUGAACAGCAUCCUGGACGUUCAUGUCAGACGUUUCAACCAGAUGUGGUCGUGGUCCAACAUCAGGGAGCACCGCCACACUCUGAAGACCUACAGGGCAGCCUACAAGGCCAAACUACUGACAGCACAGGGCAAACUCAGAGAGGACCAAGAGAAGCAGAUACAGGACCUGGAGAAGAGCCUGGAUGUCUUCAACAUCACGUUGGCCCGGCAACAAGCACAGAUGGAGGUGAUCCGGUCAGGGCAGAAGGUAGAAGCUAAGAAGGCUGUGGCCGGUCAGAAGCAGGGAGGAGGGUUUUUCAGCAGCUUCUUUGGAAGGAAGGAAGGGAAGAAGAAAGAGCAGGAACAGGAAACCCAGGAGGAAGAGGGUACAGGCAUUGAAGAGUUGAUGUCUGCUGAUGAGAAGGCUAAACUCUACACGGCCAUCGGAUACAGUGGUAGUUCUCACAACCUGGCCUUACCCAAGCAGUACGUGGCAGUGGUGGUGACCUUCAAGCUGUUCCGUACGUCCAUCACGGUGAGGGAGGAGCCCAACGUCCCAGAGAUCCUGAAGAUCCAGAUGAUCGACCUCAGCACCACCGUCUCCCAGAGACCCGGGGCGCAGGCCAUCAAGGUGGAGGCAGCGUUAGAACACUGGUACGUAACAGGGUUGGAACAGCAGGGAGCUGUCCCCUCUCUCAUAGCGUCAGUAGGGGACUCCACCUCCUCUCUGCUCUCCAUCCUGUUUGAAGUCAACCCAGAGGACAGCGUUGCAGAGCAGCUGCUCAGAGUCCACUCCCAGCCUGUAGAGAUCAUCUAUGACUCGUUGACAGUGAACAGCAUGGCAGAGUUCUUUAAGACAGGGAAGGGAGUGGACCUGGAGGUGUUGACUUCAGCUACUCUCUCCAAGUUGGAGGAGAUUAAGGACAAGACAGCCACUGGUCUGUCUCACAUCAUUGAGACCCGGAAGAUUCUGGACCUGAAGAUUGACCUAAAGCCUUCAUACCUGCUGGUGCCUAAGUCUGGCUUCUACCACGCCAAGUCUGACCUGAUGAUCAUAGACUUCGGUAGUCUACAGCUGGUGAGUGUGGACCAGGGGAACGCCCAGUCGUUAUCACCCAGUUUCAGCUCCCUGGAGGAGAUUAUGGACCGUGCCUACGAGAAGUACUCACUGGAGCUACGCAGUGUUCAGGUCCUUUACAGCAAGUCAGGUGAGGAGUGGAAGACGGCCCGUCAACGUGGUUCCUCUAUACAGCACAUCCUGCAGCCCAUGGACUUCAGCCUCCAGCUGGCCAAAUGCAUGGUGGAGAAGGACACCAGGAUGUCCAGAUUCAAGGUGUCUGGAGAACUGCCUCUCCUCCAUGUGAAGAUCUCAGACCAGAAGAUCCAGGGAGUGUUGGACCUGGUCAACAGCAUCCCCCUACCCCAGAGUGGUUCCACCCCUUCCACCCCCACCCAGAAGAUGCUGUGUUUGUCUGAGGCCAGGCCCAACGUCCUGGGUUUACAGUCCACCGUCCUGCUGGAUGCAUUAGAGACAGAUUCAGACGGAGAGUCAUAUUAUAUGUCCGUGGAUGAGGAGCGCCAACCCUCCGGCAUCGAGGAGCUGACUGACGUACACUUCAAGUUUGAAGUCAAAGCGGUGCUGUUGGAGUUGACGCGUCAGGCUGACCAGGAGAACACGCUGUUAGCCCUCAGUGUGUCUCAGCUGGGAGCAGAAGGCAAGAUGAGAACCUAUGACCUCACCAUCACCUCCUACCUCCGUAAAGUAGGCCUGGACUACUGUGAGAUACGAGACUCCAAUAACCAGCCUCUGCAGCUGAUCAGCUCCUCAGACAAGCACGGCUCAGACCUGCUCAAAGUGGAGUACACCAAAGCUGAUGUCAACGGGCCUAAUUUCCAGACCACGUUUGACAACACUGAGCAAAACCUGAAGGUGGAGUUGUCAUCGCUAGACUUUCUCCUCCACACCAAAGCGCUCCUCUCCACCAUCAACUAUCUGAACACAGCCUUACCCCAGGAGCUGACAGCCUCCAAGGACAGAGAGGCCAAGAAACAGGUGGAGAAGGCUGGACAGGGGAAGACAGUGUCGAAAGGAGCAAAAAACAGCAAUGUGAUCAACUUCAAACUGUCUGCUAAUCUGGGUUCAUUCCGUGUGGAGGUGUGUGAUGACCGGCGGAACAUCGCUGACAUCACAAUACAAGGUAUUGAUGGGUCGGUGCUGGUCCAAGCCAAAGAGACAAUGGUGUUCGCCAGGCUCAGGGACAUAGUGGUGCUGGAUGUCGACCCCAAAACCAUCCACAAAAAGGCCGUCUCCAUCGUGGGCGAGGAGGUGUUCAGCUUUCAGAUGUCCCUGUAUCCCAACGCUACGGAGGGAGAGGGUUACUCAGACACCUCCAAGGUGGACGGGAAGGUUACCAUGAGGCUGGGCUGCAUCCAGAUCGUCUAUCUGCACAAGUUCCUCAUGUCUCUACUGACGUUUCUGGACAACUUCCAGACGGCCAAGGAGGCGGUGAGUGUGGCCACGGCCCAGGCAGCAGAGAAGGCGGCCUCCAGCGUCAGGGACUUCGCCCAGAAGAGCUUCCGUCUCUCCAUGGACAUCAAGCUGAAGGCCCCUCUCAUCGUCAUCCCUCAGUCCUCCACCUCACGCAAUGCGUUUGUGGUGGACCUGGGGCUCAUCACCGUGGGCAACGGUUUCAGUCUGAUGUCGGCCGAAGGGUUCUCGCUCCCCGCUGUGUUGGACACCAUGGACGUCAAACUCACUCAGCUCAAACUGUCCAGGACCACGCUGAAACAAGGCUCCCCACAGACAGACAUCGAGAUCCUUCAGCCAAUCAAUUUAGAGCUUCUGGUCAAACGGAACCUGGCCUCUUCCUGGUACAACGAGAUCCCUGGAGUAGAGGUUCAAGGAAUGCUCAAGUCUAUGAAUAUGGCUCUAGGUCAGGAGGACUUUGGUGUUCUGAUGAAGACACUGAGGGAGAACAUCGGAGAGGGCAGCAAAGAGCACGUCAUGGAUGUCAAGAAACAAGUAGCCCGAGACAAGGCAGAGCAGCACCAGCUGGAGGGGAAUGAGGUGGGAUGUCUACCUGUGGAGGCUGGGGGAGGACAACAGCCUGCUGCUGUUACCCAUGCAGGAGGACUGGGAGAAAACAUCGUCAAUAUGCUGCUCAACCUGGAGAUUAAGGAGGUGGUUGUGAAGCUGAAGAAGUCCAGGUCAGAUCAGAAGGAGAGUCCGUUCCUGGUUCUCCACGUAGCCCAGCUGGGCAUCCACACCAAUGUCAGGAAGUACGACAUGGUGGCCACAACGUACAUCAAGAAAAUCUCCAUGAAGUGCCUGGAGUUCUCAGAUUCCAACGGUGAGCCGCUGUGUCUCAUCAGUUCCUCUGUGGAGUCAGGUGCGGACCUCCUCAAAGUGGAAUACUUCAAGGCUGACAGAAAUGGGCCAAACUUUGCCACUGUUCACAAGAAUACUGAGCAGAUGAUCAAUGUGACCUUCACCUCCCUGGAUCUACUGCUUCACACGGAGGCUCUCCUCUCCACCAUAGACUUCCUGUCUUCUGCCCUGUCCUCCGGCAGCCUGCCCCCCUCACCAGAGGAGCCUAAGCAGAAGUCUGAGGAGAGCAGCAGGGCCAUCUCCGCCAAGUCAACGGCUCUAGGUUCUCCGUCGGACGGUGACGUCGUCGACCUGAAGGUGAUGAUGCGGCUGGGGGCGUUCAACGUCCUCGUGUGUGAUCAGAACUGCAACAUGGCUGACAUCAAGAUACAAGGUUUCAAUGGAUCCCUCCUGAUGCAAGGGCCUCAAACCCACAUCUCCGCCCGCCUUCGGGAUUUCAUCGUCAUUAAUGUUGACCCAAAAGCCAUCUCUAUCGUAGGAGACGAGGUGUUUAGUUUCAGUAUGAGUCUGACCCCCAAGGCGACAGAGGGAGCCGGCUACGCAGACACCUCCAAGACAGACGGGAAGGUCCAGCUCAACGUGGGCUGUGUCCAGGUCGUCUACCUCCACAAGUUUGGCAUGUCUUUGUUGAAUUUCAGCAACAACUUCCAGACGGCCAAGGAGGCGGUGAGUGUGGCCACGGCCCAGGCAGCAGAGAAGGCGGCCUCCAGCAUCAGGGACUUCGCCCAGAAGAGCUUCCGUCUCUCCAUGGACAUCAGGCUGAGCCCUCUCAUCGUCAUCCCUCAGUCCUCCACCUCACACAAUGCACUGGAGGUGGACCUGGGGCUCAUCACCGUGGGCAACAGCUUCUCUCUACUUGCUGUGGAGGGAUGUCCACUUCCUGCUGUCAUUGACCACAUGGACGUACAGCUCACACAGCUCAAACUGUCCAG